AGCAGAGCAAAUGCCCACUUUCCAAAUAAAAUAAAGCCUGCGGCGCACAAUUAUGACGUCACAAUAUCCGCUCGACGACAACAAAUAAACAUGGAGGAAUAUGCCCGUGAACCUUGCCCCUGGAGAAUAGUGGAUGACUGUGGAGGAGCUUUCACAAUGGGUGCAAUAGGAGGAGGGGUGUUCCAGGCAAUUAAGGGCUUUCGAAAUGCCCCUGUUGGUGUUGUACACAGACUGAAAGGAAGCGCAAAUGCAGUGAGAAUAAGAGCCCCACAGAUUGGAGGUAGCUUUGCUGUGUGGGGAGGACUCUUCUCCACAAUCGACUGUGGUUUAGUUCGCUUGAGAGGGAAGGAAGAUCCUUGGAACUCCAUAACAAGUGGUGCGUUGACUGGGGCCAUCUUAGCAGCACGCAGUGGACCGUUAACUAUGAUGGGCUCUGCCAUGAUGGGAGGAAUUUUGCUCGCUCUCAUUGAGGGUUUUGGUAUUCUGCUGACCAGAUACACAGCACAGCAAUUUCAGAACCCUAUUCCAUUUGCAGAUGACCCCAGUCAGCUACCUCCAAAGGACGGAGGUCAGCAGGAGCAGCAGGGACAAAAAGGGCUGUUUCAGUAGAGAGCAUUAAGGACUCAGACCAGCGGCGAGCACAGUGAGUCAAACCAGGGCAUGAUGGGACACUACAGUCAGGAUGAUCAGUUGGUGGAGAUACUGAUUCCUUAAAGUGGUGACAAGUGUUGCACUUUGUUCUUCCACCUCAGGGACAAUUUAUUGUAAAUUGUAUUAUUUAUGAAUGUGAGCAAAGGUCCAUCUGAAAAAUCAGAAGUUUGCACAUGACCAUGCAACUCUUUCUGUAGUAAUGUUUUUUUUUGUGUCAUCACUUAAAGAUGAAGUUCUGACAUUUAAAUGUUGAAUGGAUUUGAUUCUGAAGCAUUGAAAGAAAUUACAUGAUAAUCAAAGAAAAAUCAAAGAAGUUUGUCAUUUUGGGAAAUAUGAUCACCUUUUGCUUUGUUUUCAAGAAUACGGGAAGAGCUUCAUUCUCAGGUGUGUUUGGGAAAUAUGUGGCUCAAGUUAGUAGUCACAAAGACUGGAAUUGGAGGAGGGUCUGCUUGUAAUCUGUAUGGCUCACUAAUUAAUAUGCAAAAUCAGUACAAAUAGAGAAGUACAAACAUCAGUUUGGUAUCAGUAGUUGAUUCUCAUGCAACUCUCCUUAAGAAAGCAAAUAAGUGUUACUCCCUUAAUGUGCAGAUUUUGCUAUAGAGUGGAGGUCUGAGGAAAUGCUUUGUGUGUGUGUGUGUGUGUGCGUAUUUAAAGGUCAGAUGUGACAAUCUAGCUGAGGACUGUCUGUUUUUAAAUUAUGCAUGUGUCUGGAUAGCUCAGCAAAACCUCAUUCCAUUCUUUGCUUGCACUUUCUCCUCAUCAGUCAUCGUCUCACCUGGCAGCUUCUGCAGCUGUGAGUCUGUCAGAUACACACUGUUACUACAUCAUGUCUGCAGUAAGGAAAAAUAUGGGUUUUUCUACAAAUUAUGACUUGAGUUACUUUGGUUAGCCAGGUUUGGAGCAUCACUUUUCACUUGAAUUGCUUCUGUACCCACUAAUCAAAACUGCUCUCUUUUAAAAUGGUAGAACCUGUCACAGCGAAGUCCAGUGUUUACAGAUGAAGUCUGUAUAGAAAUAGUGUUUAUUUUAUCAUAAUAUAUUUAUUGUACAACAUUAAUAAAGUUAUGAGAUGUAAUUUAA